CAUUGGUCUUUGCUUCAGGACUUGUAUUGCCCCCGCAUCUAACCAUGCCAAUACCUUCCUUCGAUCGUCUUGUUAGAUUCAAGAACCCCUCCGGUCAUGUCUUCUACGGAGCAGUUCCAGAUAAAGAGUCUUCUGCACAGAGUUUGAAAGGCCAAUCUGUAUCAACCUACAAGGGCGAGUACCCGUGGGGUGAUGAUUUCGAGCCCACCGGCGCUCAGGAAACUAUUGAGGAGGUGCUCUGUCCUAUUCCUUCUAUGCCGAUAGGUUACGGUGCAGGGGUUAACUAUCAAGCCCAUUCUCAGGAGGCUGGUCUCUCAGCGGUGGACUUCCCCCUUGUUUUCACGAAAACUCCAGGUUCCCUGGCUGGGCCAUUUGACGAUGUGCCGUUGAACAAAGCCCUUCCAGACAUCGACUAUGAGGGCGAGCUCACUGUCGUGAUGGGACGCGAGUGUAAGGACCUUAAGGAUGACGAAGAUCCUGCCGCAUACAUUCUCGGCUACACUGUUGGGAAUGAUGUCUCCUCCAGAUACUGGCAGGAUCCGAAGCGCUGUGGAGGACAACAUGGAUAUGCAAAGUCGUUUGACAAGUUUGCACCCAUUGGGCCAGUAUUGGUCUCUACUACUGCCAUUCCCGAUCCGAAACAGCUCACGAUGAAGACGCGAGUGAAUGGAGAACAGCGACAGAUGACAAGAACUGAUGACUUGAUAUUCGAUAUUCCCGCGCUUAUCCGCCACAUUAGUCGAGGCACCACGCUACACCCAGGCACCAUCAUCAUGACCGGAACUCCUAGCGGUGUGGGUGCUUUUAUGAAGCCUGCAACCUGGCUAAAAGAUGGCGACAUCGUCGAGGUCGAAAUUUCUCAAAUUGGGACUCUCCGCAAUCGCAUGGUGGCUGACAAGUGAGAUGGCUUGGUCGAGAGCCUUGUUCUUCUCUUAAUGGCAGCAGAAAGGAUCGCGGAGAGAUUCGAAUGCUCUCUAAUCGGAGCAGAAAAGAUCGUCCUCGGAUACGUCUGGUUGGCUAUUAAUGUUUUGAGGAGA